CAACUUUAUCAACUCCAUCGAAGAGAGGUACUAACCUCUGUAAUAUUUUUUCGUUAAAUACGCAUAAAUAUUUUUAUUCUAUUUAAAUUAUCAAAGAAAGAAAUCAUGUAUAUAAAUGAAUUCUUUAUAGAUAACGUAUAUUAAUCGGAUAUAAGUGAAAUUUUUAUUGAUAAGUUGUAAGUGAGAGUGAGAUAAAUUAAAUAAUUCAGUGAAAUCUUUGUAUCUUACUUGAAAUAUUUAAUAUUGUGACCUUUUAAUAUUUAUUGUCAUCGACAAUUUCUGAAUGUAUAAUAAGAAUCCAUCGAAGAUGUUGAAACGUACGUUCGAAGAAAUGGAAGCUGCAGUAAAUGAAAGGCAACCAGUCCAAAAUUCUUUGGAUUCGGAUGAAGAGGAUCAGGAAACCAAUGAGGAUACUUAUAAUGUGAUGGAUGAAAAUGAAUUUGAAGGUGUCGAAGAUGGUCCUACUGGUCCAGAAGUGAACGUAGGUUUUACCGCAUUUAAUAUGAAAGAAGAAUUAGAGGAAGGACAUUUUGAUAAAGAAGGUCAUUACUUAUGGAAAAAAGAAAAACAAAUACGAGAUAAUUGGUUGGACAACAUAGAUUGGGUUCAGGUAAAACCUAGAUCUGGAUCAAAUAUAACAAAAAAAUUCAAAGAGAAAUCUCAUGGAUUGGCCGAUAGCGAUAGCGAUGAUGAUGAUGAUGAUGGAGCAGACAUUACAUUUGAUCCAGUUCAUCUGUAUAAACAAAUAUUAGAUUAUCUACAACCUGGAGAAACAGUAUCUAAAGCAUUAUGUAGACUUGGCAAAGGUAAAAAGAGAUUAACAAAUGCCGAAAGGUGGAAGAGGAAAAAGGAAGGAAAAAGUUUACAAACGGAUGAUCAGAAUUCUGCACAAAUAACUAAGCUAACAGAAUUAGCAAACGAGCUAUUAACACGUACUGGCAACAUGGACAUAUAUCAAGAAAGUUAUGAACAAAUAAAUAAAAAGGUUGAAGAUCGUGGGAAACACUCUCAUCCUUCUAAAAAGGAGGCAGAUUUAGACAUGUAUUCCGAUGACUUUGAUGUAAAAGAGAAAGCGAAAUUAGAUGAAAAGAACACGGACAAUGAUAAACAAUUGGAAGACACGAAAUUAGAAAAUACAAAAAAUGAGAAUCAGGUAGAGGAUGUAACAUGGGAAUUAAAAUGGUCGCAAGAAGAAGGCGCCGAAGUACAUGGUCCACAUACGUCUGAACAAAUGCAUGCAUGGGCAAAGGAAGGUUAUUUUAAGAAAGGUGCAUGGGUAAGAAGAACAGGUCAACAAAAUCAAUUUUAUAGUGCAGCGAGAGUGGACUUUGAAUUAUAUCUGUGACAUAUGACAUGUACAAUUGAAGAAAAUCUUGUCAUCAUUUACUUUUGUAAUAUCAAAUUAAUUACCUUUUAACAAAAAGGUUUCAAUCUUUGUGUAUACGUCUUUAAAAUUAUCUUUAUGCAUAGAUUCGAUAUAUAUAUAUAUAUAU